CAGCAUUAAAUCAAAUCCUUGUAAGUACCUCAGUCAGAGUUGAAAGGAAACGUAACCAGCUGGUUCGUAUCAAGUACAAACAAUUACAUUUUUGUAUUUUUUUAAAAGAAAUGUCCAACGAAAACACUUUGGAUUUGCACUACGUACACCAAAGCUUCCAAAGAAGCCUGAAAGAAGACGACGAUGUUGUCGUGGAAGCUUAUAUUGAUGGAUACAAUGAACUAGUCAAGUUCUUGAAUCUCAUCGGUUCAGUGUUUUCAUUCGUGAGCAGCGACGUAAAAAGCAAAAUUAAGGUGAUGGAGAAACAUAGGGAUGGUGAAGAUGCAGUUUACUAUGAUUCUUUUAAGAAAAUGAUGAAAUACGAGAAGGAAACAAACUUACACGAGAAAAGCGGGUUCGUCUCUGGUUCCAGGACGAUGCUGAGGCUCCACAGAGGUCUAGACUUUAUAAGACUGUUCCUCAAACGGCUAGGCGAUUCGGAGGACACAGUCAACACAUGUACUGAAUGCCAGAACGCUUACAACUCAACGCUCGCUGAGUUCCAUCCGUGGUACAUCCGGAAAGCAGCCACACUAGCAAUGCACGCGUUACCCAACCGACCGGACUUAUUAAAGAAGAUCUUCGGCUCAGAAGACAGCCUCACAGCGGCGCUAGCCAUCCUACCACAGACCCUCUCAUCCUGCGACGAAGUCUACAACCGUGUGCAACAGCUUUACACAGACUUUGACUUCCACGGCCUACCUUAAUGUUGCCAGGUGAAUAAGUUAGACAUUGUCAGAUGAAAACGUGAUAUUAAUGUUAAGUUACGUUCAGAAUUGUUUUUAUAAGUAUUAAUGUCAUUUAAUGUUUGGGCCUCUUUUUCAAACAUCAGAUAAUAGGGAAGUAUUACUACAGGUUUCCGCCGCCGAGUGUAGACUAGCACGUAUCUUAUACCAUAGAGUAACUUAUACAUACUCUGCCUUAAACUGUAUUUUGACAAGUUUUUAUAGACAAUAAAAUGUGACAUUUAUGCAUCAAGGCGGUUUGUUUACAAAGUGCCUUCCGGGAAACGCGAAAAUCGAUAUUUAGUUAUCGGCCUCUUUAUCGCUCAAAUAAGCAAGAGUGAUAGAGAGGUUAGAUAACGGAAUGUCGAUUUUCUUCUUUCGCGGUAGACCCUCAGAGUGUGAUGGAUUGUGGUAGUGGCGCAAAGUAUCGUAAACACUAGAGUCCGCCUAAGCUCACUGCAGUUAUUUUGAAGCUCACUUCACUGAGAUUGACAAAGUGUGAAAACGCCAUUACAAGCGUCAUAUUUUCAUUUUGACGUUUAUGAUGGGACUUCCACACACCGGAAUGCAGAGUUAGCUGGGUCCGAUUCUAAAAUAAAUGUUCCGAUAUUAAAUAUUUAUGUGAUAGAUAUUUGAACCUGGCCCGCCAUUUUUAACCCAAAAGAAAGAUGGUCAUUCGCACUAGUAAAUAUUUUUCUGUUGUUUGAAAAUAUAGGCCCAAAUGAUAGCUUAAUCUGCCAAUGCAAUAUGCAGUAUUUUGUUACGUAUUUUUCCCAGAAUCCUUUAAAAACCUUAAACCAUACGUAGGCUUUUUUGAUCAGUUAGAGCAAAGAUACAUUGAUUGAGUAAGAUGUGUAAAAUCUAAGACAAUUCCGUGCUUAGAAUUUGACAAGCAAAUCAGAUGGCGCAGUACAGCUCAUACAUUUUGCGGUAACUCUGACUGUCAAAAGUUGACGUUUGACAAUUCAGUGACCGCAAAAUAGAUGGCGCAGUGCAGUGCAUAUACGUUUAUAAAUAAAUAAUCGCCUUUCAAAUUAUUGGAUUGGAUUUUAGUUUUAACGUUUAGCGGCCCACUAUGAUGAUAUGAUAUGUAUAUAUCAUUCACUAUGAUGAUAUGAUAUGUAAGAAAAAAUGGCAGUAUAAUUUGAAACAAUGGUGUUAGAAUAUAGAAUAGAAUUUGUUUCGUAUUAAAAAGGAACAAAACAAAAGAAAGUCAACGCUGUGCAAAUUGAAUAAUUUAAUUUCAUUAAAGAUAAUCUGUUCCAGUAUUAGGACCGUGGGACGCUGGAAGUUAAAACGUAAUCCUAGUCUGUAUUAUUAAAUAAAUAAAUCGAAAUCUAUUUAACUCAAAUUUUAUAAUCUUUCUACGGGAAAAUUGAAAAUAAUAUUGUACAAAUGGACCUCUUUAAAGCGCAUCAACAUCUAGCGAAUACGUCGCAACUACGCACCCAUGUUUGCUGUAGGUUGCGCAUUUUAUGAAAUCUUUUGAGUUGCACUAAUUAGGCCGAUUUGGCGCGCGAUUUGAAGCAAACAUGCGUAUAAUAUGCGCACUAUAUAGCAGCGCAUUUGCUAUACUUGCCGCAAAACUAUGUGCCGAGUCAUGGCUAUAACGGCAAAAAUCAAGUUCGUCAAUUGCGGGCAUUUUUCUCUCUCACUUUAGUUACGUCUUAGUAAGAGUAAAAGAGAAAGAUCGCCGCAAUUUGUGAAUUUCGUUUUUCGCGAUAGGCCCCCAGGUCGUAAAUCAUAGGAAUCUCUUUCGCACUUGCACGGCCUUAUGGAGCGGGAGUUUUUUUUUCUUUUUGGUGCUGCGGCAAGUAGAGAUCUUUAUAAGUAUAUAUUACCAAGGAAAAUUGAUUGUAAUAGAGAGCUAAAGUCUAAGAAAAAAACUUGCCCCUUCGUUUGACAUCCAAAACACAUGGCGCUGUACUGCGCCAUAUGUUUUGCGGUCACAGAUUUGUCAAACGUCAACUUUUGACAGAGUUACCUCAAAAUGUACUUAUUGAGCUGUACAGCGCCAUCUCUUUUACCUGACAAAUUCGAAGCACGAAAUUGCCUUAGAUUUUAUGCAUCUUAAUGUAUUUUUGAUAUUACACUUAGAGCAAAAGUACAUAAUUUUAUUUUUAAGGUGUGAUUUAAAAUGAUUUUGUAAUUAACAACGAAUAUUAGCCAUUCAUCGUUGCAUCCCGGUGCUAUGUUUAUUUUGAAAUAAUAAUGACCGUAAAAUAUAAGUAAUUCUAAUGGUUUUGUUACCUAAUUGGUUUAGUAGCGAAUUUUACAACGACGACUCAAAAUAUGUCAUAAGUACUAUAAUGUUUACAUUUAUAAUUUGAUCUCGUAGAAAUCGAUUUAAUAUAUCCCAUAUAAAAAUUACAAAUGUAUAAAUUUGAAUGUAUAUACAGUGUGUCCCUAGCCAUUGGACAAAGCCGAAAUGUACAUUAGGGUAUUUAGAACCAGUGUACAAAGUAUCAUAACAACCGGUGUAGCGGUUUCGAAGAAAUUACCAUUUUUUACUUUAGAGCAGCCUGUAUGUGUUAGUAGCUCCUAAGGUAAUAUCCUAAAACAAUAGUAUGGAACCUUUUUCGACCUUUUUGAUUAUAAUUUUUUAUUUAUGACACUAAUAAAGCUUCAGACUUUUGAAAAAUGUAAUCUUUAUCAAAUAUUUCGAACAAAUUGUCAAAAACACUGCCAAAGAUUUACACAGUCUGUUUCUUUUUGUUGUCGAUUAUUGCAAAUAACUUUUGUUCGAUAAUAUUUUUUUUUUUUUUAUCUUUUCUUCUAAUUAAAAAUAUUAACGUCAGAGCAUUCCUGAGAAGUAAUCCUACGUGGGAUUUCAGGGUUUGUCCAAUGGCUAAGGUCACCCAGUAUACCUAUUGUUAUUUCAUAAAAUUUCAAAUGAACUAACCCUUUUGUAAUGUGGUUAUGUGGUUACUGACCACCAUCAUUUAUAAUUUAAAAAUAUCUAUAUAUAAAGGAUCGAUCGCACCGAGGCUAAAAACGUAGUUCAUCGAUUAUACGGCAAAAUGUAUAACGAAAACGCGAAACAAAACUCGUAUACAUUUCGUGUCGUCGGGUCGGUCCUUUAUUUACUCAAAGAUUGUAUAAGAUGUAAAAGUUUAAAACAAAUUCCUGCUUCGGAUUUGACAGCUAGUAUAUGGCGCUAUACGGUCCCGUACAUUAUCAUUAUCACAUUCACUGCCAGCGACCCUCUAGGCGGGUUUCCUAUUCCUAGCCGCUUUUCGCUACAAAUGGGUUUUCCCUUCUUGUUGGCCACGAAGUACCAACAAGAAGGGAAACUAGUUACCACAAAACAUCUUCAGCUGUCAAACUCGAAGCCAGGAUUUUUCCUUAGACAUCUUAUAAAAUCUUUGAGCUUAAAAAGUUUUGAUAGAAACGUUAAAAGUAAAAAAAGACGUAAAGAUUGAAGCUCAAUUUGUAACUAUUGCUCACAUUGACCUGUGGACAGUAGAUUUUGUACCUACACCUUUGACUAAUUCUAAAUCACUCGCUUCGCAAAAAUAUCUAUUUUAUAUAUUGCUUCGUAAGCAGUUGUUAUCGUAUAAUAAUAAUUGUAACGUUUGUACGUAAGAAUAAGAAAAAGACAAGAGAUUUUUUAAGGCCCAUUAACUAAGGCUUAUUUGUAUGCACUUCGUGUUUAAAAUUCCUAACUACUAUUUUUGGUAGUGGAAGAAAAAAAUGUUUGUAACAAUAUUAAAGCCCUCUAAAGCAUUUUAGGUUGUCACUAAAGUGAAUCAAUGAAAUCAUGGGCUAGCUAAUAAUAAUUACUUUAGUUAGAUUGUAAUAAUAAUAUAAUAUAUUUAGUAAUUACCAAAGUUAAAGAUGCUUUUUUUCGCCAAACAUUAAAUAAUUAAGUUAAAGAGACUAUAAUUUAUCAACUCUGUGUUAAUUAUUCGUCCUAUACUAUUGUUUAAGGCCUGGGCCCUAUUUAACAAGUUACAAUUUUAUAAGGCCUAAGAUACACUUGUAAGUGUUGCUUACGUAAGUUGGGUCAAGCUAUUUGUUAGACUGAGAUAAUGAUAUUCAUCUCUCAAUUUGUAGUAUAACUGUGCCCUAUCUUAUCUGUGUGUAUCUUGGGCCUAAUAGAAAGCCGGGCGUUAUGCCGUGCAUAAGUGCACCAUUGACUAACAGCGACUCGCUAGGCGGGUUCUCCGUUCGUAAGCGCUAUUCGCUACAAAGCGGAAAACACGUGCUGGCAGCGAAUGUGUUAAAGUCAUAGCUAUAACUACCAAAUGAAAUUUAAAUUUGUAUCAGUUAUUAUAAUAAUCCAGGAAUUCGAGGAUUAUAAAGUAAAAUUAUAGGCCUACCUAUCGCAUUCCAAAGGCAUUCCUCUAGGAAGGACUAUUAACGUAUCAACUUGCCUCUUUCAAUAAGUAUAUGUAUUUAUUUUGUAUUUUCUUAUAUACAUAUCUGUGUUUAAUGCUAGAACUAUAAAAAUCUUAAGAGGGAAGAAUAGCUUUGCGAUCCUAAAGAAAAAACUGUACAUUUUCUAUGAAAUUCCAUUUCGGGAGAAAACAGUUUUCACUAACUAAAUCUUAAUAAAUCACUUUGAUUUUGAUGUCGAUCGCUUCAGCAUAAUAUAUUCUAGGUUUAUAGGUUUCAAUUUUUGAAAAAAAAAAUUGUUUUAAAAUUUUGAAACCAAAAGGAAAACUUAUAAACCUAGUUUUCCAUUGUGACGAUAACAUACUAAUAAAUCAUGGCAGAUGGAAAAUAUUUAGAAGUGGAGAAACGUUUUCACUUUUUGUAUUGACGGUCAUGUGCUAUACUUCCCUCUUAAUUAUAUAAAUAAACCCUCAAUUCUUAAGUUUAAAAUUAAAAAAAGUAUCUAUGAAGUAAGUAUGUAUGAAGGACUGCCCAUAAGAAAUAUUAUGGAACGCUCAUUUGUUUCUAGCAUAGAAAAUGUAUGGCGUAAUACUUAAUAGUUAAAAAAGAUAUAACAUCAGCAAUCUUAUUGUUGGAACUUGUCAUAUCAAUAAGGUAUAAAAACAAUGUGAAGACUUAAGGUCUGUUUUUUUUAUUCCGUAGACUAAAAUGACGUUUCAUAUGUAUUGUGAGACAUGAUAUUUCUUAGUACCACAUGAAAUGUCAUUUUAGUCUACGGAAUAAAAAAACAGAAAAUAGUUAUUCCUAAAACGAUUUGUGUGAUAAUAUUCAGCAUGCUCUCGAUCUUAUAGCCCGUUUAAAGAAGAGUCGGUCACAAUUAUUGAAAUUCUAAACGGGCAACAUUUGUUAACCCUUUAAUCGCUACGCCUAUCGUGCCCGGCGUGUCUUCGUGAACCUUGUCGGUAUGCAAGGUUGAUAUUGGGUUGUAGCCGCGCGCGUCAGUUGACGUCUUUGGCGGUCAAAUGGUUAAAACCCAGUUUCAUUAGUCACUUCAAUGUUGCUAGUUUAGAUUUACCUAUGUUAUAUGAAAUUACUUUUUUAUCGAUGUCUACCUAGCACAUGUCCAAUUUCCACUAGCAACAUAAAUGUUUUUUUUUAACUGUUUACUUAGAAAUGAAACAUAACUGACACGGUAGCAUUUAUCGAUCAGUUACACGACAGUGCUCAUUAGAAAGGGAU